AUGUCCGUGUCUCUUCAACCCUCGCCAACAGUCCUUAUCAACAACCUCCCCGCUAAAACGCUUGUAGGAGUUGAUCUCCUGGCCUUCGCAUCAGCCCCGAAUUUCCAUGGAAUAAAAGAGCUCCCGGUUGGAGUGCAUAUCCUGUAUACAGGCACAACUGAUAGUUUCUCGCUACGGUGUGGAGAGUGGUUUGUGGUUACAAACUCGAAUGAAGGCGGACAAAAUAGCUCUGGUAUUGAUGUCCGACUAAGGCAUUGGGACGAAUCGGUGGAAUAUUUGGCUCUAGUGGACGAGAGUAAAGAUGAAGGGAGACAGCGGGCAAUGCAGCAACGGGCCAAUCUGAGUCAAAUAUGGGCAGCUGGAGGUUUACUGGCAUAUCGGUCUCGGACAAACAAGAACGAUGGCAGACAGGAGGCUUCUGAUACCACACCCGCAUACGAUGAAUGGAGCAGCCUUUCCAGCUACAUCACCCCCUCCGUUCUAGAGCGAAUACUAGGUCGUGCCGAGCUGGAUUCUGAAGGUCGGCCUAGAUGGAUGAUUUCUUCUGGAAGCUCAGCCGCGAGGGAUGACGACAAGAUACCCGGCCUUGCAAGCAAAGGGGCUGCCAAAAUGAGUGGAAAAUUGGCAGAAGACGAGAAAGAGCUACGAUUUUUGCCGGUGGACUUGAAAAAUACCUGGCCACCCGGCGCAGUAGGGCGUGAACGGACAGAGGCAGCCCGUGAUCGUUCAUGGGCCUUGGGACACAUAUGCGAAUGGGCAACACACAAUAGCAGAGCCCCUGGAAGAGUCAUCGAUGAUCAGAGCCUCAGUGAGGGUGAAGCUCAGAUUCUGGGUGAACUACAAAUUACUUUCCUCACGGCACUAACAUUGAUCAAUUUCUCCUGUCAGGAGCAGUGGAUGAGGCUGUUACAGUUAGUAUUUACAUGCCAAAAGGCCGUUGAAGAAAGGCAGCAGUUCUUUAUAGAGGCAAUCCGUCUUCUUAAGCUUCAACUAGCGCACAACGACGAUGUUGAGGGAGGGUUGUUGGAGAUGGAUGGAGAUGAUGGCGGCACGAUGGUGAAAAAUAUCCUGAUGAAAUUCCGAAGAAUAAUAUAUGAAGACUUGACUGUUGAUGUGCCGGGGGUUAAGGGGGAGUUUAUGGAAUUGGAGACAUGGGUAAAAGAAGAGUAUGGAUGGGAGCUGGUAAGGGAGUCGACAGUGCAAAGAGGUAUGCUUGAAUUGGAAGAUGGAGAACAGGUCGAAAUGGAGAUUAAUGGUGCUGAGGAAGAGGAUGAAACCGGGGAUUAUGCACCAGUGAUUGUUGACCUAGGUGAAGCUGGGGAAGUCGAGGAUGUUGAUAUGCUGGAUAACCGCAUGUAG